UUCUGCUUACGUAUAGCUUUAGGCUCGGUGGACCUGUUACGUCCAUAGAUGGCAAGUAGAAGCAGUUUGGCAGUCGCGCACAGCUCUCGCUCACAAAGCUUUACACAUUGGGCGCUUGCUGUGCUGGUAACUUCACAGAUAGUAUACACCAUGAUGGAUCUGCAGCUACUGGGCGCUUGACUGUCAUAGACGUGUUUCAGACCAUCAUCUGAGCCUCUUGACGCGAGCGAUGGCAUCUGGAGGCAAGGACGACCUAUUCUCAGGCCUCCUUGGUCCGGGUCAGGGCAAUCGGACCAGCUCCGCAGCGACGUUCCUGUCCAGCGCCUAUGAUGCAGCUGUGGCCGGCGUGUCCGUUGUUGCGGACGCUGCAGCCGCGAGCCUCGGUACAGCCCCCACACAGCCACCUGCCGACGAAUGGGCCAACCUCGAUGCCCCCGGGGGGCCUGCGCCACACACAGCCACCAGAACAGGCCCCAGCCUGCGCCUGGGCGGCGGCCUGGGCAGCGGCGGGGGUCGCGGUGGACUGAACCCGGCUCGCACAACACCCGCGCCGUUCGCGCCCCCGCCCUGGGCCACCGCUGCGGCAGCACGGCCUGUACCCGCCCCCGCCCCCGCUCCAAUACAACCACCACCACCUGCGGCUGCGGAGGACGACCUGUUUGCUGGGCUGGAGGUGGACCCCGAGGUGCCGCAGUUCCCUGGCAUGGCCCUGGGGGCGGCAGCCCCCGCAGCCCCCGCACCACCCGCACCACCCGCACCUGCAGCGGUACCAGCGGUUGCAGCGGUUCCGGUUGCGGCGUUAACGCUGGCGCCAGUGAUGUCCCGAGCUGAUGACCUGUUCGGCGAGUUCGUGGCGCCGGCGGCAGUAGCAGUUGCAGCAGCUGCGCCGGCGGCGGGGCCAUACCUGGCAUCGUCUACGCUUGUGACCUCGCCUUCGGGAACGGGUCUGCCGCCGGUGCCGGCAAGCGCAGGCUCGGGCUCCGCCGCACCGGUCGCCUGGGUGCCGGCGCAGUGGCAGCCGGGCGGCAUGCUCAGCCCCUCGGCUGGGGGCCCGACACCCCCAGCGCCGGCUGCUGCGGCGGGUGCUGGGGGACACGCUAGCGGGGGCAGCAGUAGCUUCAGUCAUCCAACGGCGGCAGUAGCAGCGGGUGCGCAUCAUCCAGGGAUUGGCAGCAGCAGCGUCGGCCACGGCGGAGGGGCGGGGGCGGCACCGGGGCUAGGGCACGGCGGCACGCGUGCUGCCUUGACCGCAGCCGCCAGUGGGAGAAGCGGCGGCCUGGAGGACUUGGUCCGGGCUGUGCUGACUGCUCCACCACCACCUUCGUCUCAGCCCUCUCCUGCGCCCUCCCCACAGCAGCCGCAGCACGCCGUCCCGAACCCCAUGCCGGCGACGGCGUGGGUGGCAUCGGGCUCUGGUGUUGGUGGCAGCAGCAGCGGCGGUGGCACCGCAAGUCGGGCGGAUGUGAGCUGGGCGUUCGGCGAUAGCGCCCACAGUGCCAAUUCGGGUAGCAGUGGCGGUGCCAGUGGCGGUAACCGGGCAGAACCUUCGGCUGCUGCCGUGGCGUUCACGGCGUCCACGGCAAGCACAACCGCGGUGCUGGCGCCACAAACGUCACCAGCUGCCGGGCAUACGUCGGGGGCUGCCGGGCAUGUGUCGGCGGUGGGCGGGCGGUCUGCGGACGAGGACGACGAGUGGGGUGGCAGCAACUGGGUGACUGCGGGCGCCUCCCCGGCGCCGGGGCCGGGGCCGGCGCCGCACUCGGCUCCUGAGCCCGGGGCACCGGCGCCGGUUGUUGCGCCGCCUGCCGCCACAGCAGCUUGGUCGGGACCGGCGCCAGCAUUUGCCGGAGCGCAGCCGUCAAACGCAGCGGCUGGCGCGGCAGCAGCAGCAGACACGCCGGCAGCAGCAGCAGACACGCCGGCAGCAGCCGGCAGCGGCGGCAGCGGCGGCGCCGGUGACGAUGACACGUGGGCGGGGGCUGCCUGGGUGGCGGCGGAGCGGCAGCUCGAGCUCGCCGCCCCCAUGGUCUUCACGGCCGCACCCUCGGGCAAUGGAGCAGUCGGGGCACCGCCGGUCCUUGCCGCUUCCCUGGACGAGGACGAGUGGGGCACGCCGGAGUGGGCGACGGCUCCUGCGGUGGCGCCAGCAAACUCGGGGGCUGCGGCUGCGGCUUUGGCGGGUUUGGCGGUGCCUGCAGUGGCACCGGCGCCGCACGCCGGAGCUGACGCUGCUGCGUCUUUGUCUCAUGAGGGCGGUGCGCCUGCGGGUGGUGACGACUGGGGCGAGCUGCAGUGGGCGGCGGCCGAGCCGGUUUCCGCCGUCACCAGCGCAGGAGGCGCGGCGGCGUCUGGGGCCGACGCAGGGCCUGGCGCUGCCACCCUGUCGCCAGCAGCUGCAGGCGCAACAGCGGCAGCAGGCGCGCAGCAGGCGGUACCUGCCGAGGAGGAGGACUGGGGCGCGCCGCAGUGGGUGGCGGCGCCGCAGGCGGGUGCGGGGCCAGCGGGCGUGCAUCUCUUUGCUUCGCCGGUCGCAACAACUGAGCUGCCCUCCCAUUCCGCCGCGGCUGUAUCCGCCUCCGUUCCCGCGGCCCCCCUGGAUUCCUCGGGGCCUACACUUGCGCCCAUGCAGCCAGCCUCCGGCACCGCCGACGACCAGCCACAGCCCGCCUCGCCGCCGUCACUGCUUUCCCUGAUUGCCGCGGCGGCCGAGGUCGCUGCGGUGGAGGCCGCCGCCGCCGCCGCCGCAGACGUCAAAUCUGCAGAUGCCGCUUCCGCCGCGGCUGCCAAUGGGCUCCACACUAGCAGCGGCGCCGCGGCCACCGCCGCCGCUGCGGCUGCUACUGCCGCUGCAGCCGCCAUGGAGCUGCAGGACGAGCUGUCGCUACUGCCGUCUCCGCCCCGGCACGUGCCCUCCGACACGCCCACCAGCCGGCCCGCGCGCCCGCUGGAGCUGCAGUCGCCGCCGCAUGCAGCCUCAGAUGUGAUGUCUGGCGCGGAGGGUCUUGAGCCGCACGCAGCCACGGGGCUCAUCAGCAGGUCGGGCGGCGGUGGCGGCGGAGGCGGAGGCGGAGGCGGGCUCGCCACGGCGUUCGGGGAGGUGGCGGACGUGGUGGGCGUGAGCCCCAGCGACCCCUUUGGCUCGGGCGUGUCCCCGCCGGUAGUGCCGGUGGCGCCGUCAGGGUCUUUCACCCUCGCGGACGACGAGGCGGAGCCCGAGGCCGAGGUGGAGGCCAAGGUGGAGGCUGAAGGGGAAGCCACUGGGGAGGCGCCAGCGCAGGCGCAAGUCGAGCGCGAGGGGGAGGGGCAGCCGCAGGGAGAUGCCCAGGUCCCGCUGGAGGCAACAGCGCCACAGACGGUCGCACCUGAUCAACCUCCUGCGCCUGCACCUGCGCCCCCUCCGCCGGCCCCGCCUUCAGUGCCCCCGCCGCGGCGUGCCGGUGAGAGCGGCUUUACCGCACACUUUGAAGAGGUGAUCACCUUGACGACCACUGCCACUGCCGAUGCUGCCGCUGUGCACGACGGUACCAGUGGCCACGUCUUCCCCAUGUUCGAGCCGCCACCGCAGCACCCCCACCACCCCCACCACGCGCCCGGGCACGCCUACUCCGAGGAGGAAGACAGCGACGCCGAGCUGCCGGACAUUGACGCCGACGGCUGCUUGGUCGCGGUGGCUGCGUCUGCGCCUUCAUCAUCAUCAGCAUCGGGGUACCGGCAACAGGCGCAGCAGCUGCCGCCUACGCUUGCCGUCGCGGAGGCUGAGCAGCCGGUGCUGCAGCCCUUUGAGGAGCAGGAGCCGGCGCAGAUGCAGGCGCAGGCGCAGGCGCAGGAGCCGGCACAGGAGCAGGUGCAGGUGCAGGAGCCGGCACAGGAGCAGGUGCAGGUGCAGGAGCCGGCACAGGAGCAGGUGCAGGUGCAGGAGCCGGCACAGGAGCAGGUGCAGACGGAGGCGGAUGUGCGGGGCGGCCUGCUGGAUCCAGAGGUGGAGGCGGCGCCGCAGGCCGCUGCUGUUGAGGAGGCCAGGUACGCGUUUGCGGAGGCCGCCGCUAGGGAAGCGGCUGCAGCGGAAGCCGCUGAUGCGGAGGCCGCGGCAGCGGAGGCCGCUGCUGCCGAGGCCGCUGCUGCGGAGGCUGCUGCUGCCGAGGCUGCAGCAUUGGAAGCCGCAGCAGCGGAGGCUGCGGCUGCUGCGGCUGCAGCAGCAGAAGCGGCAGCAGCGGAGGCUGCAGCAAGGGAGGCCGCAGCAAGGGAGGCCGCUGCUGCGGAGGCCGCUGCUGCCGAGGCCGCUGCUGCGGAGGCUGCUGCUGCCGAGGCUGCAGCAUUGGAAGCCGCAGCAGCGGAGGCUGCAGCAGUAGAGGCUGCAGCAGCAGAAGCGGCAGCAGCGGAGGCUGCGGCAUUGGAGGCCGCAGCAAGGGAGGCCGCUGCUGCGGAGGCUGCUGCUGCCGAGGCUGCAGCAUUGGAAGCCGCAGCAGCGGAGGCUGCGGCUGCUGCGGCUGCAGCAGCAGAAGCGGCAGCAGCGGAGGCUGCAGCAAGGGAGGCCGCAGCAAGGGAGGCCGCUGCUGCGGAGGCUGCGGCUGCCGAGGCUGCGGCAUUGGAAGCGGAGGCUGCGGCUGCAGAGGCUGCAGCAGCAGAAGCGGCAGCAGCGGAGGCUGCAGCAGUAGAGGCCGCAGCAAGGGAGGCCGCUGCUGCGGAGGCUGCAGCUGCCGAGGCUGCGGCAUUGGAAGCGGCAGCAGCGGAGGCUGCGGCUGCUAAGGCUGCAGCUGCCGAGGCUGCGGCAUUGGAAGCCGCAGCAGCGGAGGCUGCAGCAGUACAGGCUGCAGCAGCAGCAGCGGCAGCAGCGGAGGCUGCAGCAGUGGAGGACGCAGCAAGGGAGGCCGCUGCUGCCGAGGCUGCGGCUGCCGAGGCUGCUGCUGCCGAGGCUGCGGCAUUGGAAGCGGCAGCAGCGGAGGUUGCGGCUGCAGAGGCUGCAGCAGCAGAAGCGGCAGCAGCGGAGGCUGCAGCAGUAGAGGCCGCAGCAAGGGAGGCCGCUGCUGCGGAGGCUGCGGCUGCCGAGGCUGCGGCAUUGGAAGCCGCAGCAGCGGAGGCUGCAGCUGCUGAGGCUGCAGCAGCAGAAGCGGCAGCAGCGGAGGCUGCCGCUGCUGAGGCUGCAGCUGCCGAGGCUGCGGCAUUGGAAGCGGCAGCAGCGGAGGCCGCAGCAAGGGAGGCCGCUGCUGCGGAGGCCGCUGCUGCGGAGGCUGCGGCAUUGGAAGUGGCAGCAGCGGAGGUUGCGGCUGCAGAGGCUGCAGCAGCAGAAGCGGCAGCAGCGGAGGCUGCAGCAGUAGAGGCCGCAGCAAGGGAGGCCGCUGCUGCGGAGGCUGCGGCUGCCGAGGCUGCGGCAUUGGAAGCCGCAGCAGCGAAGGCUGCGGCUGCGGAGGCUGCAGCAGCAGAAGCGGCAGCAGCGGAGGCUGCAGCAGUAGAGGCCGCAGCAAGGGAGGCCGCUGCUGCGGAGGCUGCGGCUGCCGAGGCUGCGGCAUUGGAAGCCGCAGCAGCGGAGGCUGCGGCUGCGGAGGCUGCAGCAGCAGAAGCGGCAGCAGCGGAGGCUGCAGCAGUAGAGGCCGCAGCAAGGGAGGCCGCUGCUGCGGAGGCUGCGGCUGCCGAGGCUGCGGCAUUGGAAGCGGCAGCAGCGGAGGCUGCGGCUGCUGAGGCUGCAGCAGCAGAAGCGGCAGCAGCGGAGGCUGCGGCAUUGGAAGCCGCAGCAGCGGAGGCUGCGGCUGCUGAGGCUGCAGCAUUGGAAGUGGCAGCAGCGGAGGCGGCCGCAGCGGAGGCAGCUGCAGUGGAAGCUGCAGCAAGGGAGGCCGCUGCUGCGGAGGCUGCUGCUGCAGAGGCUGCGGCUGCGGCGGCUGCGGCCGCAGCUGAGGCUGCAGCAAGGAAGGCUGUUGCUGCCGAGGCCGCUGCGGCUGAGGCCGCUGCUGCCGAGGCUGCGGCUGCGGAGGCUGCGGCUGCGGAGGCUGCGGCUGCCCAGGCCGCUGCAAGGGAGGUGGUUGACGUCGAGGCUACGGCUGCAGCUGAGGCCGUGGCCUCAGAGGCCGCUGCUGCGGAGGCGGCAGCGGCAGAGGCUUUGUUUUCGGCUGCGGCUGCUGAGGCGUCCACUGUAAGGGGAACAGCUGCCGCCGACGCCUCUGACGGCGACGGUGAUGACACACUGGAGCCACUGGAUGGCAGCCGCGCAGCCCUGGCGGCGGCGGAGGCCAGCGCAUUGGCGGCGGCGGUGGCGGGCGCGGCGGUGGUGGCGGGAGAUGUCGCAAACGCCGCGGCAUUGAUGUCCGAUCAGCUGGAUGAGUUGGAGCCGCUCGCGGACGUACUUGACGUAACGAAAAUGGUGACCAUGGCGGCUGGUGCCACGGCCCAUGAGGGUGUCCUGGGGCUUGGCGGCGCGGCGGCGACCCCGCAACAGCUGACGUCGCUGCCCCUGCAGGCUGAAGCAGAGGCGGCGGAUGCGUUGGGGGCGGCCGAGGUGAUGCAGCCGCAAGCAGUGCCGCCAGAGCCGGCCGCUGGGGUGCUGGACCCAGCAGAGCUGCAGCAGGUGUUGCCAGGCCAGGGCGAGGCAGCCGCCUUUCAGCGAGCCGUGCCGCCCACGGCCCUGCAGGAAACCGAGGACUGGGGCGAGUUCUUCUCCAGCGGACAUCCACAGCAGCAGCAGCAGCAGCAGCAGCAGCAGCAGCCGGCCCCAUCCACUCCGCUGGCGGGCCUUGCGGCUGCUUGGCCAGACGACAUGCUCACCAGCAGCAACAUUAGCGUUGCGGCCGAUGAGGUCACAGCAGACAUGACGACGGAGGCUGCUGCUGCGCCGUCCGCAGCCGCCGCGGCAGCGCCGAUGGCGGCUGUAGAUUUGGACGACUGGCUCGGACUGGGUUCGGCCGCGCCUGCAGCGACCGGUUCAGCAACGGGAGGCCGGCUCACGGGCGGCGCUGGCAGCGGCCCUGUGCUGGACGACCUCUUCGGCGACUUUGUAGGCGGAAGCGGCGGUGCCGGCGGCAGCCAGCCAGCGGCGCCGCCUGCUGCAGCUGCGGCUGCGACUGCCGGCGCCGGGGAUCCAUUUGAACUUCUGUUUGGGGCACUGGAAGUACCAGGGCCAGCCGCAGCAGUGCCAGCACCUGCGCUCACGGAUGCAACGGGGGCUGAGGGACCAGCGGUGGAGCCGGCGGUGGCUCUGACACCCCCAAGCACGGGCGCUAGCACGGCCGCUGAUGACUCGGGUGCGGCGAUGGCGGCUGCAGACGGUCUGGAAGCUCUGGCGGCGGCAGAGGACUUUGAGCCACUGCCGCUGGGAGCGGAGCGGGAGCCGCAGGAGCUGCAACAAGAGCUGGGCGGGCACGCGGUGUACCAGCACCAGCACCAGCAGCGGCAAGCGCAGCACGAGGAUGCGGCUGUGGGGCAGGCGGAGCAGCACACACACCUGGAGCUGCAGGUGCCGGGGCCGCGGCAGCAGGGCGAGCCGCCGGAGGAGCCGGCACUGGGGCCUGCUGGCGGAGCGGACUGGCGGCGGCAGUCGCGCGAGCACUGGCAGCAGCAGGAGCCGCCGCAGGUGGCGGCAGCAGCCGAGCCGCGGUCCGCUGUCGAGCAGGGCGAGGCGGCGCAGGAGGAGCGGCCCCAGGCCCAGGCCCAGGCCCAGGUCCAGGCCCAGGUCGUCGAGCGCGCGGCGGGGCAGCCCAUGGCGACGUUGGCUGCUGCUGGUGGCGGGCAGGCGGAACAACAGGAGCAGCAGCAGGCGCAGGAGCAGCAGGAGCAGCAGCAGGCGCAGGCGCAGGAGCAGCAGGCGCGGGGUCAGGGCGGGUGGGACCUGCACGAGGUGGGGGCGCUGGCGGGCAGUGGCAGUGGCAGUGGCGGUGGCGGUGCAGCUCCAGGCGCAGCAGCCGAGGCUGACGAGGCGGCAGUGCCAGCAGAGGCACCAGCAGAGGCUGUUGCACCAACCGCAGAGGCACCAGCAGAGGCGGCCGCACCCACCGCAGAGGCUGCCGCACCAACCACAGAGGCAGCCGCACCAACCGCAGAGGCAGCCGCACCAGCAGCAGCCGCGCCACAUGACGGUGAUGAGGACGGGGGUGGUGGUGAUGAGGACGACGACCUGUUCUUGGGCCUGGACACGGCCGCGGUGCCGCCUGUGGCCUUUGGGACCGAGGCCGAAUUGGCGGCUGCUGCGGAGCAGGAGGAUCAGGAGAAGGUGGAGGAGGAGGAGCAGGGGCAGGAGCAGGAGCAGGGACAGCCCGGUGCUGCCAACAUGGCCGUGGACGCUGAGGCGAGGCUGCCGGCGGCGUCUGGCGAUGCCGAGCUCGCCUUCGGCACAGCUGGCGGCAGCGCCUCUGCGGGUGCUACAGCUGCGCCCGCCACCACUGACCUGGCGGCGCACGCCGACCUGGUCUUCGGCGAGCCCGAGGACCCGACGGCUGUAGCAGCGGUGGCGGCAGUAGCAGUAGCAGCGGUGGCGGCAGUAGCGGUGUCAGCGGGUGCGGCAGGCACAGCGGCGGCAACAGUCCCGGAGCUCCAGGAUGGCGAGCGCGGAGUCGGGCAGGAUCAGCUGCCUGUCCAGUGGGGGGCUGCCCGAGCCGAAGAGAGGGAGCUGUUGCGCGCGCAUGCGUCCCAGGUCUCCAUGGACCUAGCUGGCUACGCUGCACCGGCGGCAACGCACGCGGAGGCGCCGCCGGCUGAUGCCAUUGCUUCUGCCCCUGCUUCUGCCGCCGACGCGGCACCAGCCACAUACGGUUCAGCCGCCGCGGGGACGGUGGAGGAGGUGAGGGAUGUUGAUGUCGACGCCGUGCUGGCGUCGCUCGUUGGCGUGGACGUCAGUGCCGUUGUGCCGCAGCCGCAACUGCAGCCGCAGCCGCUAGCUGUAGCGACCCAACAGCCCCACCAGCACGACGGCGCUGCCUCGGCUCUGGACUUGCUUCUGGCUGAGUACGGCGGGUAUGCCGGGGAGGGCGGCGCCGGUGGGAACGGCAGCGCUGGGGCCGAUGCCUUGAGCGGUAAUGCGGACGCAGCGAUGGCAGCGGACGUGGGAUUGCCAGUUCCCGCCGAGGGCGAGGGCGGGGGCAGUGGCAGUCGGAGCUCCGACCUGGAUGCGCUGCUUGCACAGUACACCGCCGCCACUGCCGGUGUACCGCCGCCUGACCCGGCACCCCAGGCGGGUGCCGGGUCUGUAGCACCUCCGGCACCGCCUCCGGCGUCUGAGGCUGCAGUCGCCGGCUCCGCAAACGGCGCUGCCGGCGAUCGCAACGGCGGUGAUGGCGCCGACGAGGAGGAUGGCGAUGAUGAGGAUGACCUGCUCGACCUGUCGGGUGUACUGGGAGAUGAGGAGCAGACCUCUCCGCCGCCGCCGCCGCCGCCGCCGCGGCCAGCACUAGCAUCAGCAUCAGCAGCCUCACCGCCAGCGGCUCUCGCAGCUGGGGGCACAGCCGCGGCCGCCGCGGCGGUGGCGUCUGCGCUGGGCUCAGUGCCGCCGCCGCUGCCCAACGGCGCCUUCGCGGUGGUGGUGGAGACGCGUGCUGCGGUGCCAUCGCCGCCGCACACGGCGCCGGACCUCGCACCGCCUCCGGCGUCCCCGCCGCCCAUGCCGCCGCUUGCUGCUAGCGCAGACGCUGCAGCUGCACUCGGCCCGCAGACUUCCUUGCAGCCCCUCCCGCCAAUGGGGUCAGCAGCCAUGCUGGGCGGGCCGGGUGGCCAUGAGCAGGGCGAGGGCGGCGCCUCAGGUCCCGGUGCUACAGCCGCCACCUCGCUGCUGCCGGCCUAUGAGGUGGCGCUACUGCGGGCGGAGCGGGCGGAGCAGGCGCUACUGGCGGGUGCCGACGCAGCUGUGGGAGGCCCUGACGAGCUGGCGGCCCUCAUGCUGCCGCCGCCGCAGCCGCCGCCCAGCCAGACCCAGACCCAGCCGCCAGGGGCCGCAGCGGCCACAGCCCUGGCCGGCCCCGGGGCCAGUGUGGCGCCCGCGCGGCGGCCCCUGGUGUCCGUCACGUCCCUGGGCUCUGCCUCCUCCAUCACCGGUGCGAGCCAGCCGCUGCUGGAUCCAGUGGAAGGUCUGACGGCGCUGCUGGCGGACGCAACCGAAGACUGGAACCCCGCAGGCCGGCCUGACGCCUCGGGCGCCAUGGUGGGCGGCAGUGUGGCUCUGCGUCUGCAGGAGCUUCACGCCUCGCUGCCCGACAUCGCCACACACUGGCUCACGGCGGGCCGGCCGCGGGUGGUGACGCUGUCCGCCGGCAUCAUGGCCGUGGGCACCUCGCUGGGGGCAGCCCUGGUGUUCCAACUGCCCGGCAGCAGCAGCAGCAGCGGCAGUAGCAGCGGGCCGACAGCAGCAGCUGCAGGCGGCAGUAGCAGCAGCAGUGCGGGAGGAGGAGGAGGCCACGGGCCGGGUGUGCACCACGGUCACCAUGGGUCCGGGUCGCAGGGCCUGGGCGGUGUGGGUGCAGACGGCGGCGGCGGCGCGGCGGGUGGCGGCCCCGGCGCGGCGGCGGGCGGGGGCGGCGGUCCGAUUGUGGUGGUGGGCGAUGCGCGGACGGAGGCGGAGGCGGUGACCGCACUGGCGUUGUCAACAGUCAGCGGGCCAGCCGACCCGCUGUGGCUGCUGGUGGGCCACGCCUCGGGCACCGUGGCGGUGUGGGACCUGCAGCGCCGCCCGCCCAAACAGGUGGCGGCAAUCACCGGGCAACACAACCUGCCGGUGCUGCACGUGUCGUUCUUCCCCGGCCGCGGCGCCGCCAUGGCCCUCAGCGCCGACCGCCGCGGCCGCCUGGCGCUUCACGUCUUCUCCGCCAUCAUGGGCCUCAAGACCGCAGUCGCCUCCCGCCCGGUGCUGGACGGCAGCCUGGGCGUCAUCGGCGCCGUGUCCCACCUCACGCCCUUCUUCGCCACCACCACCACCACCUCCUCCGCCAGCGCAGCCUCCGCCUCCGGCGCAGCCCCGGCCUCGGCCUCGGCCGGCGUCGUGGCCUCGCCGUCGGGCGGCGGCGGCGGCGGCGGCGCGGCAAGCGGGGGCGCCUCCGGCGGCGGCGCGGCAGCACCUGGCGGCGACGGCGUCAGCCAGCCGCCGCCGCCCUCUGCGCUGGCGCCGCCGGCGUGUCGUGUUGGCGACGGCCUGGUGGCGGUGACGGCCACCUCGGGCUGCCACAUCGGCCGCUUCAAACCCAGCGGCGAGCUCAUUCCGCUCUACUCCAUCCCACGUCCUGCCGCCGUGCCCGCGCCCUCCAUCCCCAGCGCCGCCUGGCUGCCGCACCAACGGCGCGCCGCGCGGCCGCCGCCAACCGCCGCCGACCCCUCGCCCGGCGGCGCGACGGCGGCGUGCGCCGUACUGGCGGUUGGUUGGCAUGAUGAGGUCAUGUUCGUUGACGUACCGUUGAUCGGUGACCACCAACUGCCGGCGCCGCCGCCGCCGCCAUCCCCGUCGGAGGCGGCUAACGCCGCGUCGUCGUCAGCCGCGGCAGCCGCGGCGGCUGCAGCGGCGGCACAGCAACAGGCACAACAGCAGCAACAACAGCAACAACAACAGGCGCAACAGGGCGGCCAGGCGAAACGGACGUUCCUGCGCGCCGCGACCGCGCUAACAGGCGUCGCGCGCGGCGCAGCAGCCGCGGCGACGGCGGCGGCGGCCGCCGCGGCCACCGCCGCCAGCGCCGCCGCCACCGCGACCAGCUCUGCCCUGGCGUCGUCGACCUCGCAGCUGGACAGCCUGACGCCGACGGCGGCGUCUGCGCUGGCGGAGCGGCUGCCGCUGGUGGUGACUCGGGUCUGGAACGCGAUCGCCACCAUUGCCAGCUCGGGAUCCGACGAUGGAUCCAGUGUGCUGAGCACGGGCGGCGUGCCAGUGGCGGGCGACGACGUGUCCGUACGGGUUGUGGGCCUGCACUGGUACGACAGCGACGCGCUGGGGGUGGUGGUGGUGCUGGGUCAGGGCGGGGCGGCGCACAUGAUGCGGCUGGUGGUGGUGGACCUGGAGGGAGCGCUGAGGGAGCAGGUGGACUGCAUUGACACGCCCUACGUCAGCGGCCUGUUCCCGCCCGCGCCCCCUGGCGGCGCCCCCGCCGUGCCCGACACGCUGUCCGGCAGCGGCGCCCGCGUGGUGCUGCUCGGCGGCAGCAGCACGCUGUACGGCAGCCGCCUGCUGACGUGGCAGGAGCGGCUGCGCACCCUGGCGGACAUCGGCAAGUGGAAGCUGGGCAUGCGGUUCGCGCUGGACUUCUACAAGCUGCAUCUGGCGCGUGUGGCGGCUGCGACCGCCUCUCGCAGCGGCGCUGCAGCCGCAGCUGACAGCAGCUACCCGGAUGCGCUCAAGGGCUGGCUGGCUAGCCUGGCGGUGGGCUACGUCAAGUCGGUGCUGGGGGCGGCGCUGAGGGCGGCGGCGGCCCGCGGCGACACACACCUGCAGCUGGACCGGCUGCCUCCCGACGUGGUGGCGCAGCUGAGGCAGUCCGCCGCCGCCGCCGUGCUGGGCUGCCUGGCGGCGGGGCGGCCGGCGCUGCUGGCGGACGGCGUGUUCCCGCUGUGCAGGGAGGCGGGCGCGGUAGGGCCGCUGGUGGAGGCGGUGGAGGUGGCAGUGCUGGCGGACGCGCUGCCCCGCCCCGCGCCGGAGCUGGUGCAGGCGCUGGUGGAGCACCUGGCGGGUCGGGGCGGGCUGGGUCGGCCGGACCGCGUGGAGCGCUGCGUGCUGCACUUUGACAUCACCUCCAUCGACCUGGACCAGGUGUUGCGGCUGUGUGAGGCGCACGAGCUGUACUCCGCCUCCGCCUACAUCUACAACCGCCUGGGCGACUACCGCCGCCCGCUGCUGGACAUGCUGGCGGCGGUGGCGGGCUGCGGGGGCAACGAGGCAGCGGCGGCGGGGAACGGAAGUGCCAGUGGUGGCGGUGGUGGCAGUGGUGCGGGGGGCGGGGGCGGUGGCGGGGCGGCGGCUGCGCCGCACGGUGUCGCUACCGAUGCGGAGGCGGACAAGCGGCGGCGCACCACCGGCUACAAACUGCUGGUGUACCUGAGGUGCAUCUUCCAGCGGCGCAGCUUCCCUCCCGGCACCGGCCGCCUGCCCGACGUCAUCCCGGGCGCCGGCCGCUACGGAGACCCGGGCACCGCCGACGACGUGAAGGCCCAGCUGCUGGGGCUGCUGCUGUACCUGGACACGGACGACCUGGCGCGCGAGUGGCGGCGCCGGCCGCAGCAGCUGCCGCCCGGGCUCAGGGAGGGGCCGCACCCCGCGCUGCAGCUGCUGCUGUCCAUCGACGUGGCCGCGGCUGUGUGUGUGCUGGGCGGCGCGGUGGCGGGCUGGGACGCCGUGGAGACCGACCUGCGCGAGGCGGCGGGCCGGCCGGCGGCGGAGCUGGACAGCGUGCUGGUGGCCACACAGGUGCUGGUGAACGCCUUCAUCGGCCUGCUCGAGUCCGACCGCUUCCGCCAGCUCACCGCCGGCACCUCCACCACCACCACCACCACCACCUCCUCUACCACCACCUCUACCACCAACUCCACUGGCAGCAGUCUCACUCGUGUCAGCGGCGCCGGCACCGGCAGCGUCACCAGCAGUGCCCUGCACCUGGCUGCGGCGCAGCGCGGCGCGGCGGCCGCCGCCGGCUCUGAAGUAGUCCUGGACUUCAUUGCAGGACUGCUGGCGGCGGGGCGGGUGGUGGUGCGGCCCGCCUUCGCGCUGCGCCUGUUGCGCCACGUCGCCGCACGUGCCAUCACCGCCGCCGCCGCCGACGCGCCGUUGGCGGCGGCCUCGGGCAGCCAUCAUCCUGGCUCGGCGGCGGCAGCAGCGGGCGGUGCGGCGGAUGCGGCGGUGGCAGAGGCGGCUCCGCCGCUGCCGCGGGCUCGAAGCCGUGCUGAGGUGGAGGCAGAGGCUCUGUUUGAGCGGCUGGUGGUGGUGGUGGGCGUCAACACGGAGGGCGGGGCGGCGGCGGCGCGGCACGACCCAGACAAGCUGUCCGUGCAGGAGACACAGGCGGCCGUGGACCUCGCCACACGCGCCGGCUUCCACCACGCCCUGGCCACACUGCACCACCUGCGUGGCGACUACGCCGCAGCGCUGGCCGGGCACUUGAGGCUGGGGGCGGCGGCAGCAGCCGCCGCCGCCGCCGGAGGCGCCGCCGCCGCCGCCGGAGGCCCGCUGUCCCCUCAGGGCUCGUUGGGUCCCAGCUCGGGGCCCAUGGGCCGCAUGGCGCCGCUGGCGUCGUUCUCGGGCGGCGGCCGCGCGCAGUCGUGGCAGUCGCCGGCGCCGCCCUCGCCCGCCUCGGCGUUCGACUACGUGCGGCGCUUCCUGGAGGGCGGCGCCGCCAGUGCGGCGCAGCGGGCGGCCAUGUACAGCGCCCUGCUGGCGGCGGCGCCGCAGCUGGUGGCGGCGGAUGCACUGGCCACGGCGCAGUUGCUGUUGGGCCACUACCCAGGCGAGUCCGCCGCCGCCGCCUUCAUGUCGGCUCUGGCGGCGGCGGGCGAGCGGCGGCUGCAGUACGACUUCCUCACCGCCGCCAUACGCACACGGCAGGCGCUGCACGAGGCCAUGGCGGCUGCGGGCGAGGCCGCGGACGCACUGCCCUCCGCCGCCGCCUCCGCCCGGGCCGCCGCCGCGGCGGCCGCCGCCGGCCUGCCGCCCGCCGCGGCGGUGGCGGCUGCGGCGCUGGGCGCCUGGCUGAACCAGGGCCCCGUGGCGGACGCCUACGUGCAGCUGCUGUGCGAGUACGAGCCGGCGGCGGUGCUGCCCUUCCUGCAGGACCACGAGGCCGACUACGACGUGCGGCGCUGCAUCGAGCUGGCGCGCGCCGCGGGGGUGCUUGACGCCGAGGCCUACCUGCACGAGCGGCUGGGCGACACGGAGGCUGCACUGGAGCUGCACCUCAGAGACGUCACCAGGCGCAAUGCGGAGCUGCGGGCGGCGGUCGCCAGCGGCGCCCUGCCCGCCUUCCACCCCGCCGCCUACUACGACCAACACACCGCCGCCGCCGCCGCCCUGGCCGCCGACCUCUCCCACCCGCCUCACCCUCACCCCAACCCCAACUCCCCCUCGCCCUACCUGGACCACCUGGCCUGGCUGCUGGCGCUAUCGCCGCGCCUGGCGCAGGUGUUGCAGGGCUCCCUGGGCAAGGCGGUGGUGGAGGCGGCGGAGCGGGCGCGGCAGCAGGCCGCACAGCCGCAGCGGGCCGGCAGCAGCAGCAGCACCAGCGGCGCCCUCUCGGCCGGCCACGGCUCCGCAGCCAAGGGCACAGCGGCUGUAGCCGGAGCCGGAGGCGGCGCGGCUACAGCCUCAGUCACUUCGCCGUCCAGCUACGCUGCAGCCGCCGUAACCUACGCCGCAAGUGCCGCCGGCACCGCCAUUUACUCCGCUGCCAGCAUGGCCACCGCCGCCACCUCCGCCGCCGCCAGCGCGGCAGCGGGCGCCGCCGCCGCCACCGUCAGCGCUGCCAGCACCGCCGCCAGCGCGUUUGCCAGCGGCGCCGCCGCCGUCGCCUCGGCGGCUGCAGCCACUGUGGGUAUGGGCGGCAGUGCGGCCUCCACGCCGCGCACUGCAGGUGGCGCGGCGCCGUCUUCCUCCUCCCCCGCCAUGCCUGGUCACAGCACAGGCGCUGCCGCCACCGCCGGCGGUCAUGCCGGUGCUGCCGGUGCGGGUGCGGAUGUGGGUGCGGGUGUGGGUGUGGGUGCGGGCACAGCCAGGGUCCGCUCGGCUGCCGGCACGCCGCCUCCAGAGCUCGUGCGGGCGUGGGAGGCGCUUUGCAGCGCUGUGGCAUUCUGUGGCCGGAGCUGCAAGCAACAGCAGCAGCAGCAGCAGCAGCAGCAGCAGCAGCAGCACCCGAGCGGCGCAGAGGCCAAGCAGCGCCCCGCCACCUGGUGCUGGCAGCGGCUGUUGGCCGUGUACGUGGCGGAGGUGCAGGACGCCAGGACGCCCGGCCGCCAGCAGCAGCAGCAGCAGCAGAGGUCGGGGCCCGGCGGCCGGUCACCGCACCACCGCCACCAUCACCAACAAGACCACACGGAGCAGCAGGCGGAGGAGGUGGCGCUAGAAGCGGCGGCGGCGCGGGGCGAUGCGGGCGCGGCGCGGGCGUGUCAGCGGCGUGUGCUGCGGCACGUGUUCGGCGUGUUUCUGGAGGAGGUGAUCAGCCGCAUGUCGGACCAGGUGCCGGCCAGUGAGGUGGUGAGGCACAUCAUCAGCGAGCACGGCGCCAACGACUUCGGCGGCUUCCGCUCCACGCUGCUGGGCCUGCUGGGCGCGUGCGCGUACGAGCAGGCCAUCAUGGCCUCGGCACAGCGCCUCAUCAGCCGCGGCGUGUUCGCCAGCAUACGGCAACGUGCCAACCUGGCGGCGGGCGCCUACCCGGCCUCGGCAGUGCACAAGCGCCAGGACAAGCCGCUGGCCGCUGCUGGUGGUGACGGUGACGACGAUGCAGCGGCAGCAGCAGCGGCGUCGGCUGCCGGCGGCUCCGAUGCCGCCGCGGUUCACGCCGCCAGUCAGCCCUACUGGCGCCGUCUGCGCGACGCGCACGGCCACGGCCUCCACCGCCAUCACGGCUCUGGCGGUGCGGACGGAGCCGACGGCGGCGGGCCCAGCAGUCCGUUCCUGCCGCCCGGCGCACUGCUGGGCGCUGCCCGUGUGGGAUUUGGCGGCGGCGUGGCGCAGCCGGCAGCCGGCGGCGGCGGCGGCAGUGGCGAGCUGCGGCUGCCGCUGGCGCCCGCUGGCGACCUGCGGGCGGCGGCCGCGGCGGCUAGCAGCAGCGGCCUGGAUGCCCUGGGGAUUGGGGGCGAGUACGGCGGGGCUGGGGAGGCGGAGGGGGCUGCGGCAUCAGGCGGCCGGGGUGUGUCGGGCUUUGCGCUGGUGGCGGCGGAGGGCGGCGGGCACGUGGCACGAGUCAGGGUGAGCGUGCGCGUGCCGCCGCGGGCGCAGUCCCGGCGGCGCUGGGUGUCGGGUGCGGGGACGUCCGCGUCGGGCGGGGCGUCGGGCGGCGUGUUGGCGAGCAGUGGUGUGGGGGCCGGCCAGGGUGGCGGUGGGCUCGCAACUGGCGGCGGCAGCCUGGACGUGGACGAGCUGUUGAACUGGAGCCGGGCGCUGGCGAGCUAGGCGAGCUUGGAAACGGGAUAUGCAACGGCAUGCGUACGGUGUCGAGCUAGCUACGGGGAUUGAAGAGGCAAUAUGUGUGUAUGAGCAGGGUACCUCGGUGGCUGCCUGACUUGCCCAGGCAGGUUCAGCAGAGCAGGUGAGGCAGGAUCUUAGAACAGGUAGCUAUAGCAGUUAUUGCCGGCAGGACCAGCAGUGCUUGUUGGCAAACGUGUUGUGCACCAAACUAGCCAAAUGUAUGGCUUGUUCAGCUCAGGAAUUGCUGGCAGCAGCGCAGGCAGAUGCGGCGAUGUCCAGCCCAGGAGGCCUGGUCCAAACCAUUGAAUUGGGGAGUGUUGAUGUUUGCAGCGAGUGAGCGUGGCUGAUGCAGGGCAUGAGGCAUGAGGGCAGGGUCGUGCCAGUGCUUGUGUUCGUAGAGAGUUGGAAGUGUGGCGGCACGUGCAUGGUUGCAACUGGCUGCUGAUAAUAGGUUGUCUUGGAUUUAGCAAGGCUUGCCGCGGGAACAGGUACAGGGCACUUUGUCUUCUUUGACGUGCGUGAUUGAGCGUUUCAGGCACCAUAAGCAAGGGUCGCCUCAAUAGACAAGGAAACGUGAACACCCUUUUGUCACUUGGCCACAAGUAUAUUGUCGGGCUGAAUACAUGAUGCCAUC